AUGGGAAAUGUGCGUUCCGGAAAUACGGGUAAUAAGCAGAUCGAUUUCGAAAAUCGAAGCGAUCCGGUACCCACGUUCGGCGGGGUGUGUUCGGCGAGAGUAAAAGAAAUUCCGGACACAAAGCGACGCACAACGAUAUUGUUGUUGCGGCGGAUUCACGACGAUGUGCCCUUGUGCCGCGGCUCGAGAUCAGGUGGUGGCGGUGGUCAAUAA